UGUGUAGUGUUGCGCAAGUAAAAUUCUAUUCUCAAGUCCCGUAUGUACAUUGAAAACAACGCACUGACCAGCUACUGGUUCAAUUUCAAUAGUCUAGACGAUGAACAUAGGAGAUGUCUUAGAAGAAAUAGCGCUUGAAGGCUUGGCAGGAUGCAGAGUAAAUGAACUGUGGCAGAGGCUAGAAGCUAGGAGUGGAGCCAAUGUGUCAGUUGAAGAUAGAGAGAACAUUUGGAAGAUUCUGAGCGAACACAGUCGAGAUGUGACCUUCCAUGUCAACACACAUCGAUAUCAGGUUUCUGAUGCAGCAGAAGCAAAAUUCAAGCCAAGAGGGUCGAAAUUAGGGGCAGAUGCUGUGUGUGACUCUGAAACUGGAGAUCGAGGAAUGUGCAGGGAAUAUAGUGGGAGACAGGACGUCAGUUUGCUUGUGUCAGGAAUGUCUUUCGAUGAAGUUACAGAAACAUGGGGUGACAGUCUUGUAGUUGUUGCUUCACAAGACCUUCGAUUGUUUUCUCUGAUUGGUUCAUAUCAUGAUCCUUGCUGUUUUCUUUAUGACACCGAAUAUAUGGCUUUGGAAGUAAUUGGCAAACACAGGUCUAAUGGAAUCACAAGAGUUGAACUGGCAAAGACACUUGGUGUUGAUGGAAAAGCCAUUUUUUAUCCAGUUCAAGUGCUCAAAUCUAAGCGCUUGAUUAUGCAAAGAAAGGAAUUGGCGAGGAGCGUGAAAACAACACGGAUCUAUUUGACUCGCUUCUAUAGAGCUGCUGACAAAGAAGUGACGGUGUGGGAUCAGCGGAAGACACUUUGUUCAUUUCUCGAGAGACAACCCAAUAAGACGGCAAACUACAAAGAAAUCAGCAAACUCAUAUUUAAUAACAAUUCCAAACAAUUCAAAAAGGCCAGAGAGCUAUUGGUUCGAAAUUGCACAGUGGAGAAAUACGAGACAGCAAACAAGACCUCGAGGACUCUUACUCUUCUAAAACCAUAUAUUGAUAAUGACUUAGAUGAUGAUGACAGUGAUGUAGAAGACUCAGAUCCACAUUCAGUCAACGAUGAUAAGAGAAAGACAAGAGUCGAGGGUCGAGUUUACUGUCCCAAAUGGAUGGACACUAAGAUUGUUGCUGAGAAAUGUCUUUUGACACAGUUUUAUGAGAAGAUUGAAGCUGCCGGAAGUCAAGGGAUGACUCAACAAGAGUUAGCUCAACAGUUUGACCUAUCAAGACCUUAUGCACGGAACGGACUCCAUGUUCUUCAUGACAUGAAUGUGCUGAGAUUAUUUGUUGAGGAUAAAGGCAGACAGCAGACUGAGAGGCAUGUAGCUCUGCUUCCAGUCAAGAAGAGUGUGACAACAAAUAUAAUUACACGAACAACAAGCCCUGCCAUGGACUCUUGCAUGCCAUCUCAGUCAAAUAGUGAAUCUCAACUAACACCUGAUGCGGUUGCUUCGACAAUCAAGACAGAAACUCUGAGAAUGGGAGGUCAAGUGUUGGCAGUAAAUCGAAAGGCUUGGUUGCGACAAUUUAUUGAUGAGCAUAAUGUAGUGUAUGGAGUUAGUGAUAUGACUGCAGGACUGAGGGAGUAUGAAGCACAACAUGGACGAGAACAUAGCAUUUGCAGGAAAACAAUUAUGCGUGCGCUUUCUGAACUGAUCACAGCAGGAGAAAUCGACACAUUGACAACUGAAAUUUCUGGCCAAGCUUGUCAUUUCUAUAUGAAAAAAGGUUUAUCAACUUCAUCUGAAGCCUUCCAAACAGUAGCAGGUCAUCUUCGUCUCUCAUUUGAUGCCAAGAAAACAACAGCCGGGAUUGCUAGAAAGAAAAAAGCUAGAAAACAGUGUAUAAAAAAUGUAGACGUCACUGCUGUGGAACAGCUAUUGAUGGAAAGCCAUGUGGCAGGUGUAGUAGAUUCUACCAGUGUUGAACAUCUUCAAGAGAAUGUCAGUCAAUGUCCACCUUUGACAACACAAGCAACGGCUACUGCCAUGCUAACUGAUGAAAAUCCAACCAAGGAAGGUAGUUUGACACAAGAAAUGAUGAACAACAAUCACAAUACAGACACAGAAGCUCCAGUUAGCAUUCAAGUUGAGGGCGAGCGGCUUUUUACGUUGAUGCCUAAAUUUCAGCGCUUUCGUGCACUUCAUAGAUAUCUUUGGGAAGGUUUACAUUCGUCUAAUGAAAUUGCUUUUCAAUUACCAGCGUCAAGCAAGGGAGAAGGUUGGGUACUGCUUUCUGUAGCUGUCAACUGUAUGCCUGUUGACACUUUCUUGGCUACUAUUGGGUUUAGUGGAAAGUCAUAUGAACUAGAGACGUUUUUGCAAGACUCGAAGAAUGCAAAGACAACAAUCAGCAACCUUCCAGAUACCAUCUCUACACUUCUAUGUGCUAAAAAGCCACAUGUGUUUGUAACUAUGUAUAACAUGGUUAAGAAUUUGGAAGGACUGAGGUUGUUAAAAGUUGUUGAAGGAUCUGGAAGCCGCCAUUAUGGCAAUACUCAUCUUUCUGUGGAACCAAAAGUUGCAUUGUUGGAUACGCGAGAAGCAAGCCCUGCAUAUUGUCACUUGCUGUGGUCUGAGGCUAAGUCCUUUCCAUGGAAAGAAUUUUUAUUGAGCCAUUUAUCUGAUUUGGAUCAAGUUUGGUUUGAUAUGGAGAGAAUUUGUGCAAACACUCAACUAGGAAAAAGAAACUUUAAAUCUGAAAGAGAAAGUGUUGCAUUCAAAAGUAAACGAAAAGAGGGUCCCGUCGAACCAGUCAACUUUGACCAGCUGCAGGACGAUGAUGUAAUUGGUGCAGCUGGUCUUCCGUGGCAAUUUUUUGCACAUAUUCGUCGCAGCUGGACGAAUGCUGUGUACCAAGCUGCACCUGGUGCAACUGCUUCAACUAUCGCGUUGAAAACAAUGAGAGAUACCGAAUCAGUGAAAACAGUUCAGGUUGUUGUGCCGCCUGGCAAAAAGCUAAAUGAAGAAAGACGAGGAGGAAAAGGUCAAAAGCGUGUGAGAUUUACUGCUGAAAAAGGAAGUGCAGCGAAGAAAACAAAAGUGCCAAAGAAAGUAACACCACACCUAACAAGAAAGAAGCUGCCUCUCAAGAUGCGAGGAGGAAUCAGAGAUGCUCAGGAUUUAGCAGCUAAGUCGUUGAAGAAGAAACUACGGGUAAAAUUUAGCAGCCAAGAGGACAAUCUGAUAUUAAUCUGUGGGGCAGCAAAGGAUUUUAUCAAGAAGCACUUUCGAUAUGAUCCUGCAUGGAUAGAUGUAAGAAAUGUCUAUCAGGAGAUUGCUGGUUCUGUUGCAUUUGAUAAGACUUCAUAUGCAAUUCAACGACGAUUGGCGUACAUGAGACAUCGUUCUCUCAUUUCAGCACAAAGACUUCAGUCUGUGUUGGCUGAGUUGGAUCAGGACAAGCAAUUUGUCAAAAGAAAUGCGAAAAGCCAUGCUGAAUAUCUGGAAAUUUACAAAGAGAUCAUAGUCAAACUCUGGAGAAAACACGGUGGAAAACUGGAUUUGCCUUGCAAUCUACCUUCUGCUUCGGUUCCAAGUAUUCCCAAUUCUUUUGCUCGGCUGCAGGCAGAGUUUAAUUUUCGGUUGGAUUCUAAACCAGAUGGCAGCAUAGCAAAAUGCUUUGUGCCAAAUGAUUGUGAUGCAGUUUUUGUUCGUCGAUCAUUAUUGCAGAAUCUAUUGCUGUCUGUUUACUCCAAAUCAGACAAGCCUGCCAAGCACAGUUCUCUUCAACUUUAUCACUUGCUGGAAUCAUAUCCUGAAGAGGAUCUGCAAGCUGUUUAUGAGGACUUGAAAACAACAAAUACUUUAGUUAGAAUGAAGAUGAACUCUAAAGAAGAUGACAUUACAUUUCAAAGCAAUUUGAAACUAGGAUCAUCCUAUCAUCGUUUGUUUGUAGUUGAUUGUCCGCGAGAAAUCUUUUCAGAUGUCAUAGAUAUCGAAUCUCUCCCAACUUGUGAUUACAUGGAUUUUGAUGAUAAUUCGUUCUCAACUACUGAUGCAACAUCUCUCUCACUCGAGCACCAGACAGCCAGCAAUGAGUUACAAAACAAUCUAACAGCAAACAAACAACUAAAUAGUGCAGAUCAUUGUGGGACAGCCUCGUUGGACUUGUCUCAAGUAAAUGGCAGUUGCAUUGCUCAACUACUUCCAAAGAUGUUUACUUCUGAGGUGUAUGUUGACGCACAACUUCCAGCUGCUUUGUUUGAUGCUGUGGACUGUUCUAAUACAAAGAGUGGUGAGAAACAGGAUGCAGACGUUGGAAUUUUGUCUUCUGAAGAUGAAGAAUUGAGAAACGAUGACACAAAGAAAGGCUGCACAUGGACAGAGUCUCUACAAGAUUAUCUGAAAGUUCCUGAACAAGGCGAAGCUAAAGACAGUUUUAUAACAAUCUCAAGUUGUGACAUGGAGAUGAACAACAUAAUGAAACAUGACAGCACAUUGACUGUGUCUAAUGUCCGUAAGGAUACAAGCACCACACUUUGGGCUACUUCAGAUUCGACUGAGUUAGAAAUGGAUGUCGCAUUUGAGGAUGUGUGUAUUACUGAUGAUGAGUUAGUUGUGGUCUGUCAAAAAUUGGAAUGGCAAGCAGAUGAAAUCAGUGACUUGUUAGUUAUUCUCGUGGAGGUGAGAAACAAGGGAUGGCAGGGAAUUGAAACACAGUCACUGAUGAAUGAUUUAACAUUACAGCAUAGUAUUCAGUCAUCAAUGUCACUAGAGUAUUUGGUACAAAUGUUGCUAAACUUUAGAAAGGUCCACAAGGUGGGUUUUGCUACAGAACGACUAGUUUGUCACGAAGCUUGUCAUCUGUGGCAUUUCAAAGCCAUCGGUAGCAACAUACAGAAGCAGAUUUUAGAAAGCAACUCAGCAAAUCAAGAAGCGAGUGUUGCUUCACUGGUAUCAGCUGGCCAUGACAGGAUAGAAGAGAAAUGGUUGGUAAAGUCUCGUCCAUGGAUUGCGUGCAGUGGAUCUCUAAACAAUCAUCAACUGACGUACUUAUUGCAAGCUGUUCUUAACCAAAUUAUGUGGAAACCAGGCAUCACAAAGGACAUGAUUGAAAGAGAAAUUGGCCGAGUGGUCCAUCCUGCUGCUCUGGAUGAUCUUUUAGAGUUUCUGGAACUAUCCAAUUGCAUUGAGCGUCACCUAAUGCAGCAGAUAGACAGACCUACGUUGUUCUCAAGGCCAUUCUCACUGUUGCCAGGGAACAGACACUCCACCAGUUCCGUGACGCAUCUCUUUGCUACAGCAGACUGUGUCUCUUGUUUGGCGAAGGCGAUGAAGUCUGAAGAAAUAAGUAGGGUAUAAAUAAAAAUGUACAAAUGGUCAUACAAUCGGUAGGAUUAGAGGUGUGUUCGUGGUGAAAUUGCGUAAUGAAAUUUGAUUCUUUACUUCCGCUCUUUCUAUGGAAACGGUAAUGCUGACGUACGUUCCGAAAAGUGGGUGUUCUUAUCUAGUCGACAGGUUAGGCUAGACGCUAGUCACAAAUUUAGUGCUGUGCUGGGCUUUCCUGCUGCCGGUUGCAGUUGUUGUCGAUUUGUUGGUUUCUUGAGAUUGUUUGGUUUGGAAAUUGUAACAACACAAUUACUGCUUUGUCCCGUGUCUUGCUAUGGCUGCAGUUGCAGUGAACACUUCAAAACAGAAAGGAAAGGACUCUCCUGCAAAUGGUCGUCUAAGAAAGCAGGUGGAGAGAGAGUCUAGCCUGCCUGUUAUUCCUGCACCUAGAUCUGCUCCUAGCAAUUGCAAGUCAGUUUGCAGACAGAAUCCGCCUCGUUGUAGAGAGGACAGAAAGCCUUUUGUUCGUGAUGUCUCUCCGUUGGUUUCUCGCAAGCAGCAGGAGGAGAGAGUCAAUAGGAUUUGUUCUCGUCCGCCGUUGCGGUCAGCGACUGUACCAAUGCGAAAGAAGGAUGUUCGUCCGGUAGGAACUCGCAGCCCUCAAGGUGGCAAGAAGCUGGAACCGCUCAACCACACAAGUGUUGCUAAAUCUCGGGAGGAGACAGACGCCAAGAAAUGCGGUAUCGGACAAGUUGGAUAUCGCUUGAGGAAAGGGAGCAAAUUGCCAGCUAUUCAGUUGUCGUGCCCUUCCAUUAUUGUUACCGACACAGAUUCUAUGCCGCCUAUUGAAAGAGCGAAGGAAAGUACUAUUUGGAAAUCUGCAUCUAAUCCGGAACUGUCAUUAUCAGGAGAGAGUAACUAAAGCAAUCUACAAUUUCAAUAAUUUCAAUUGUAAAAAGAUAGAUUUAGUGAAAACUUUGCAAAUUCGUAAACAGUUUAAGGAGUAAUUCAUUACAAAACAGUAAUGUUUCUAUGCUUUCAAAUUUUAUGAAUACAGCACUGGUUUACUGUAUAUUAGUUGAAACAAGUGCUCUCUUACAGCACCAGAGAACUUGCUACAUGUCUAUUGCUAGCUAAUACAUAGUAGAAAAUAUUAAUAACAUCCAUUUCGCAGCUA